AAACCUAUAAAAUUUGAGCUUUAAAGAAAAAACCUUUAAAAGAAAACGACAUGAUUGCUUUAGUGCACAAAAUGAGAAUUCCCAGGUCGUUUUGGAGAGUGGAAAAUUACAAACGACAUGUCGUUUUGGAGAGUGGAAAAUUACAAACGACAUGUCGUUUUGAAACGUUCCAAAGUCUGAAAUCCAGAGCAAGUGAAGUUAUUCCAAAAAAAGAAAAAAAAGCCAGUGAAAUAAUUCUUUUCUUCUUCUUCUUCUUGGUAACUCAUCUAAGUUUCCAAUCCAAACCAGUCUGAUUCGAUAGAGAGAUUCUCACAUGGUAUCGCCCAUUUGAUGAUGAGAACCCCCGGCGGAUGGCGUCGUUUCCUUAUCUUUCUUCCUAUUCUAUGCUUUCUUCCAUAUUUUUUCUCAGUUAGGGAAUUGCAUCAAAGCACUACCAUUGUAGAUCUGCCCACCAAAAGGACAAAGUUUGAUCAUUUAGUUCUUGGACCUGCUGCCGGUCAAGGCUUGCCCAAUCGAUUGCAAUGCCAAGGUACUAAAGCUCUUAAUAAGACCAAGUUAAUACCCAGUUUUGGAGAGAAGAUAGAAUUUGUCACAGUCUUUACCAUUUAUAAUUCCACCCUUGCAAAUGAGAAAGUAUCAAACUUAGUUACUGUUGGGAAUGUUUCAUAUAGCAAAGAGGAGAGGUCCAUGGCCAUUUUGAAUACUUUUGUUAACUUUAUUCAGGUAACAAUGCCUCAGAGCAAUGUAGUUAUUCUUACUGACCCAGCAUCUGAUCUUUCAAUAAGCAGAAAUGGGGUCACUGUAUAUCCAAUCCAAGGUGAAUAUUCGCGAGACAAGUUGAUGCUUCAAAGAAUCAGGUCUUACAUUGCUUUCUUGGAAACAAGACUCCAGGAGCUUUCUCGGAGACCAGACAAUGUCAACCACUACAUUUUUACCGAUUCAGAUAUAGCUGUGGUGGAUAAUUUAGGGUUUGUAUUUCUUGAAUUUCCGAAUUUUCAUCUGGCUCUUACCUUCAGAAACAACAAGGAUCAGCCUCUGAAUUCAGGAUUCAUUGCAGUUAGGGGGACUGUUGAUGGAAUUUCAAGGGCAAAGAUUUUUUUACAGAGAGUGCUUGAAGUUUACAAAUCAAAAUACAUAAAUGCUUCUCGUAUGCUCGGGGAUCAAUUAGCUCUUGCAUGGGUUGUGAAAUCUCAUCCUUCUUUUGACACACGAAGAUUUUCGAAACCCCAACCUUUCCUUGAGGAUGUUGGGGGUGCUUCAGUGUUAUUUUUACCUUGUGCUGUAUACAAUUGGACACCACCAGAAGGUGCAGGCCAAUUCCAUGGCAUGCCAUUAGAUGUAAAGGUUGUUCAUUUUAAAGGAUCAAGGAAGCGCCUGAUGCUCGAGUCUUGGAAUUUCUUCAGUUCUUCUUCAUCUGACAAAUCAGAUAUGUUGUGCCUUGUUUUGAAGAGUGGAAGAACGAAAUAUGAUUUUUGAAUAACUCCCUUUCAAUAUUUGAUUAUCAUCCCAUUAUAAAUUUGAUGAGACAAAUUUUGUCUCCAUUUUUUUUAGUAUACAAUUGAUGAACCUUGGUAAAUGGUAACGCCUGGAAAUAUCCAUAUUUUUGUUUCAUUAAUGGAAUGUCAUUGUUAACUAAAA